UAAAAUAAUAACCCUCUCAUUCUCAACUCCUCCUCUUGUAGUAGUGCUUAGACAUCUCUUCCUCCUCCGCCACAACCGGAAAUCGAAGAUGUACGGAACAAUCUCCGAUGAGAAGACGGUUGACGUACCAGCAACCGAAGCAUGGAAGCUCUACAGCACUCUCCAGCUCGCCAAAGUGGUGGAAGAAGCCCUCCCCGGCCUCAUCAGCCGGAUCGACGUCGUCCAAGGCGACGGCGGCGCCGGUACCAUUCUCGAGCUCGUUUUCCCUCCAGGGAUGGAAGGGGGAUUGAAGUCGUACAAGGAGAAAUUCACGGUGGUGGAUCACGAGAAGCGAGUGAAGGAGACAGAGGUGGUGGAAGGUGGAUAUCUGGAUCUAGGGUUCACGAUGUAUCGGGUGAGAUUCGAAGUGAUAGAGGUGGAGGGAAACGAGAAGCAGUGUAUAACUCGAUCUACGAUCGAAUACGAGCUUAAGGAAGAGGCCGCAGCGAAUGUAGCGCUCGUUUCCAUUCAACCACUCACUGCCAUCAUGCAACUCUCUGCUCAGUAUUUGCUCCGCAACAACACCAACAAUGGCAAUUGAUCUACUAUUAACUUGGGGUUGUUUGUUUUGUUUUCAUGUUUACUAAAAUAAAUUUCUAUCCUCCGACUACGACUA